CACAGUAUUGAUAAUUAAUUUUGAAAGAUUGGGACAAACGAAUUGUCCUAUGUGUUCAUACAUCUGGUCUGCUUUGGAAUGAAUUGAACUGAAUCAUAUUCCAGUAGGACGCUGCAGAAGUGUGUGUACCAAUAUGGAGAACAAAAUGGGCAGGUAUCAGCCACCCGUUAUUUUGCUGUAUUACUUUUCAAUAUUUUGUUUGUUGGUCGGGGCGAAUAUUAAUUUGUAUCUCCCCGUAACGGAAGUUGAAGACUUAUUUGGAGCUGAUGGAAUGGAGUUAUAUUAUAUCCGCAAUGGGAUUAUCAACCAGAAUGCCAUAUCUUUCAUGGCUCAUGUGCAAGAAGAUAAAGAUACUCUCAACUUUAUGUGGAAGGCGACUGAUCCUGACACAAGUGUUUUGUAUGACUUGAAAUUUUUGUCACCAAUGCAUUCUGAUAAGGAAGAAAAGCAAUUGAAAAGUCCAAUGCAUGCUCCAAAUGCGACUAUUAAAAACAAUGGUAAACUUCCUAAUUAUGCUGCACCGUUUUCAGUUAACUUAAAAUGUACUGGAUUGGAGGAUGGAGAAACUGUUGUUCUUAUUUCAUUAGUGUUUAGACUUUACGACAACCCAGCAGAAACAACGAAAGUAGAGCUGAAGCGUUUGAAAAAAUGUUCAAAAUUCAAACAAAAUGUUCCAGUCGCUGAAAAUAUAAAUCCAAGUAAUGAUAACUCAAAUGCCCCAGAGAAAAGUAAUGAAGACGGUGACACAAAUGAUGGAAAUCAGCCAAAGUCAUAUGACCCCACCCACAGCAAUUCUCAGAGUACAAAAGCUUUUUAUAUAUCGAUAUCAGUUGUCACAUUUAUCAUCAUAAUGGCAGUUAUUAUAGUAAGAAUCUGGCAUAGGCGACAGCGUAAAGCAGAGGCGGGGACAUAUUCAAUGAACCAUGUGUCAGCUAACAUGCAUCAUAACAACCAAUUCUUGAGGCCAGAUCUACCAAAUAAUGAAACUGCACCACGACCAGCCCCGGGAUCUAACGCAAGCUGGAUGCAUUUCACUCCAAUUAUCAAUGACUUAGGAACUGAUGUUGUCGACAUAAGAGCCAAAUUAUCUGCUAUUGCUGUUCCUAAGUCUGAUGUUGUACUCGAAGAAAUGCUCCAAGAGGGAACAUUUUCACGUAUAUACAGGGGUUACUUGGAGAAAAACGUACCGGUGCUUAUCAAGACUGUAACCAAAGCAGCAUCUGAGGAACAAACCAGAUUUCUUUUAUUCGAAAGCUCACUUCUUAGAGGUAUGCAGCACAAUAAUCUUCUCACAAUUAAAAAUGUUGUUCUUGAUGGACCAGAGCCACCUCUGGUCAUAUUCCCAUACACUAAAGGUGGGAAUCUCAAACGAUAUUUACGGGAUAUCAAGUUCAAUGAUGUGAACAGUUGUGGAACUCUCUCUUCUGGUCAUAGAAGUUUUGAGCAAGCUUCCACUCAGGACCUGGUUGGGAUGGGCAUUGAAGUUGCUUGUGGCAUGAGAUAUCUUGCAAAGAGGGGCCUUGUGCAUAAAGACCUCGCCACAAGAAAUUGUGUCAUCGACUCAAAUCUCAAAGUAAAAAUAAGUGACAACGCUCUUUCUAGAGAUUUGUUUCCUGCAGAUUACUGUUGCUUAGGUGACAAUGAAAAUAGACCAGUACGAUGGUUAGCUAUGGAGAGUCUCGUGCACAAAAUUUAUUCCACUGCUAGUGAUGUGUGGUCUUUUGGUGUACUGCUGUGGGAGUUACAAUCCUUAGCAGCCAUGCCUUACAAUGAUAUUGAUGACUUUGAAAUGUCUGUUUAUCUGCGAGAUGGAUUUCGCCUCAGUCAACCAAUCAAUUGCCCCGAUCACCUGUAUGCAAUUAUGGCAAGGUGCUGGCAUUACUCCUCUGAUAAAAGACCUACUUUCAGUGAAUUAUGGCAGAUGUUAAUGGAGUUCAAUGCUGAACUUGGUGAAUAUGUUUAGAUGAUAUGAGUGCUCACAAACUACCAUUCAAGAAAUUAUUUUUCAAGCACAUGUAUAUUUUUUUUAUUCAUGAUUUUUUUUACUGAUUUUCUGCCUAAAUACACAUCUGGGAUGCGGCUUUUCAUGUGGCUUACAGAAGAGAUGGAAGCUCGAAUCCGAACAUUUGUAUAUUCAAUUUUUUACCUAUUUUCAAUCACUAAUUUUAUAAAUAAACAAAAUUAAUUGUA